AUGUCUCAACGUGUGAAUAGCUCAUGGAAGGGGUCUGUCUUUGUCCCAUCCUCCGUCCCUCAUGCUUUCCGUUCUCAUCUUACUUCAUCUGCUGACCUCAGCAUAGCUAUCGUCCUCAUCAUCACAGGUGUGGUGUCAGUGGUUGGGAAUGGGCUGGUGUUGUUAGUUUACGGCCAGAGGAGAAAAAAGCUCAGAGCUCAUGAGCUGAUGACAGUCAAUCUAGCUUUGUGUGAUUUUGGCUACAGCCUGUUAGGAGCGCCGUGUAUUAUUACCUCAAGUCUGUCUCAUGCAUGGAUUUUUGGAGAAGCAGGAUGUCUGUGGUAUGGGUUUCAGGGAUUUGUUUUUGGGAUUGGAUCCCUCAUUACCACCAGCCUUAUUUCACUCGACCGCUGUUUUAAGAUCUGUAGCUGGCAAUAUGGUCAGUGGCUUGAGAAAAGACACGCCUCUCUAUCAAUUUCUCUAGUAUGGCUCUAUACAGUAUUCUGGGCUUCUCUACCUGUCUUUGGCUUUGGUAGUUACGGUCCUGAACCAUUUGGAAUCAGCUGCACCAUAAACUGGUGGAGGAUGAAGUCUUCUCUGAAUGACAGAGUCUACAUUUUUCUGAUCCUGACACUCUGCUUUGGAGUUCCCACCCUCACCAUCAUCACCUCAUAUGCUGCCAUCAUCAUAAAGGUGUAUCGGUCUGGUCGCAUAUUGGCCUCAAUUCCUUCAUCCAAUGUCACAAACAGCAACAAAGAUAUUCGGCUGACAAAGAUAGCAGCAGUGGUGUGUUCCUCAUUUCUCAUUGCAUGGACUCCCUAUGCGAUAAUUUCUCUUUAUUCCGCUCUGACUGCCAAAGAGAUGCAUCCUGGAGAAGAAGGGGGAACAGCCCUCUCAGCUGGAAUGUCAGAAACGGGGUAUGGUCACGUUCGAAAGCUUUCUGACGUCUUUGGUUUUCCUUUCCUCGUCAACUGGACCUCGCCAGAACACUUUGGAGAUGCUAUUGGUACCUGGAGGAAUGCGACUCCCGGUCAAUUUCAGUCUUUAUUAGGACAUGGACCCAAAUCAACAUUGGGUUCUGUACAUGGAGGAAUGGAUAAACCACAUUAUGUUUCCAGCCUGAGUCCUGAGGUCACUCUGAUACCUACCAUUUUUGCAAAGUCACACUGCAUAAUAAACCCCUUCAUCUACCAGAUCAUGAACCAAGAUUUCAGAGAGGACGUUUAUGAUCUCCUGUGCUGGAGAGUGAAAGAUGGAGAGAGGAGGAGGGCUAGGAGCACAGAUGGAAGUGUUUCGGAGGGGCAUCGUGGGAGCAUCAGUCUUUCUUACAUUUACAGCUGGAAAAGGAGAAGCACAUCUACUAGUCAGACAACCGGGGAGCGGGUGAAGAAAGAAUCUUCACGUAAGAGUAAGGGGAAGAGAGGGUCUUCCAAGGGGAAUGCCCCAGAUGGGUGGGCAUCCCUGGAGACUGUGACCUUAGACACACACUCCAAUCUGGAAAGAGAGAAGUAAAAGGAAUGUAGUUACAUGUAA